GAAGCCGCCGGCUUGUCAUCUUUUGACAUUUGCAUAGCAUUUUCUCUCCGCCACCACUCACCCUAUACCGACCUUCGUCCCGUCCAGCUCUCUCGUCCCUGCAGCCCCGCGACCGCAUCGCCGGGCUCCGUUGCACGAGGAAAACACACGCUGGCGGCGCGCUGAUGCCGCCAAAGGCCAAGCAAAAGAACACCGCAAAUCAGCACCGUCAUGAGAGCGGUUUGGCCAAACCUGCCCCUGGCAAGCGCAUCACCAAGCAGCGAUCCAACAACAACCUGCCGACCAUCAAUGGUCAGGCGAAUCACUCGCUCCCUGCUGCCUCCGCCGACGGCCUAAAUGACCACGACAUCGCCGACGACUCGCCCGUCUCGCUGCCCGACGACGACAUGGCUGCAGCUUGCACCGUGUCCAGCACCCCGCCCGUCACCGUCGCCGCCUCCGAUUCCUCUCGUCGCGUGUCCGACUCGCCCGCCUACAGCUCCGCCGUCAAUACCUCCAAGCUCGCGGGUCGUUCGGUCUCCAGCAGCUUCUCCUUGGCAAUGACCAUCCUCAGUGCUUGUCCGCUGUCGGAUGCCAUUGCCAUUCUGAUUCUGCUGAUGUCGCUCCCUCCGGCGCUCAUUAUGCUCAUUCACAGUCUCUUCGCCUCUCUUACCUUUGUCCCCUCCAGUGCUGGUGUCUCGUUAAGCUCGCUGAACGGAAUGCCGGCUCUUGGAGACUGGUUCCACGCUUCUUCUACCGGUGGUCCCUCACUCUUUACUAUACUCUUCUCGGAUGCUGUCAUGACAGUCCUCUAUCUGUGCAGCGGUCUCUUCUUGCAAAAUAUAUACUUGGACUUGGGCCAAGCUGUCAUAGCCAUCACCCUCAGUGGUGCUACUGCAGCUCCAGACCGCUCAGGCCAGAGUGUAGCUGCUUGCAGCGUGCUUGUCUGUGUAUCUCAUUUUCUCCGGCACAACAAGAUCCAUCUCACGGGAUUCGAAUAUCUGCGCUCGCUGUUACAGAAUCUUGGAUUUGGCCAACACUGGAACCCCAUCCCGUCGUCCGACUUUUCAUCUUCACCUUAUACUGCCUACGGCUGGUACCGUGCUCUGCUCGGUUGUCACAUUCUAGCGCAGGGAAUUCUCACUCUUGGUCGUCGCUCCUUGUCAGGCUAUUCUAACCAGUCCGGUAGCGCAAACAAGAAGCAGGACCCCGAAGCAGCAUCGUAUGGAGACGGAUCCAAAUCGUUGACAAGUCCUGGCGAUUCAAGUCAGGAUCCUGCCAGUGGUUUGGGUUCUGACGGUCGACCUUCUGGACCGUCCUCGGCGUUGCGUGACGGUAGCCAACGCGGUGCAGCAAACAGAAAGAAAAAGAAAUACUUGACUCAAGUGCGCAGUCGACAACCACUGUGGGCAGCCAUAGCCCACACAAAAGUAACAUUUUUGAAAGAGAUGCAUCAGAAACAAGCUUCCGAAGACCAAGCAGAGGCCACUGCUCACGAUCCGACAAACGAUAACCAACUCAUCCCACGCAUUGCAAUCGAAGACCGCAUUUCUAUAGUCGACAUACAUCCGGCCGACAUCUUGUUCCGUGCUCAGCUUCCAUCCUUCUCCUCGUCCAGGCCAAAGCCGGACCCAAGUCAUCCUGUUAGUGCGGGCAUCGACAAGUCGAAGCCUUUCUUUGUCCGUAUGAAUGGCGCAGACUGGGGAUCGACCAAGAUCAGCGAAGCAGGAGAAGGAGCCGAUACUGUGUGGCAUGGUGAGAUUCUCGGCUUGACCCCUUUGACUAACUACAGCUGCGAGCUUGUCAGCAUGUCUGAUCACAGCGUCUUAUGUACUACCAGCCUUGUCACCCUUCCUGCUCCUAGCACCGACCAGACCUCGAUUGUCACCGCCCCUCCUCAGCCACAGUCCCUUCGUCCGCUUUCGCCAAUUUCAACUCUGAAGCAAUCCAUUGCCGCCGCCGAGAUGAAGCGCGAAGACGCCCGUAACAAGCUCAAGCGUGCUCGCCGUGACCACAAGAACGCAGCUUCUGCCGUUCGCAAAGAGAUCGAUCAACUCAAUGCCAAGGUUGCUUCCAGUGGAGGACAAGAUGAACGCCAACGACAGAGAAUCCUGCAAUUGACUCAGCAUCUGCGUCAAGCAAAUGAAGCGACAAUUGCUCUUAAAGAUGAAACUGACGCUCUCGGCGAGAUCCCUCAAGCCGAGCUUCGCGAGUACAACGAGAAGAAGCGUGCAUGGCAGGCUGCUUGUGACAAGAAGUCUGCUGCCAUGGCUGAUCUCGAAGCUGCAAAGGCCCAAGCUCAGCGUGAGACCUCGCAAGUCGCGACAGAGUUGACAUCAGCUGCUCAAAAGCGCGAACGACUCAGCACUCGCAAGGGCAAGCUGACGGAGCAACUCGACCGCUUGACCAGCCAGAAGAAUGCCGAUAUGAGCGCCAGACAAAGGCAUGACCAGGAGCGACAAAACAGGAUCGCCGAGUACAAGCGCCAGGAAAACCAACUCGAGUAUUGGACUCAGCAGAACAAUCAGGAGUGCGAGGAAAACACUCGCCAGGCCAAUGAGGCAUUCCAACAAAUGGAGUUCAUCAGCAAUCUCAUCGCGCAACAGCAACAGGCUCUUUCCGGACCCCCGACUCCUGAAGGAAACCUACCAGGCACCAAUGGACCUCCCAACCGUCAACCCACCACAUUCGACUUUAGUAUGUUUGGUGGCAGCUUUGGUCAAGGUUUUGGAGGUUUGAGCAACGGUGGUGCGAAUCAAGUCAGGGGACGCAGUAGCUCGAUGCUUUCGGGAUACAGCGGCUUUACUGAUGAUGAUUUUGACACCAUGGCUGGAGCUGAGAGUGCACAGAACGAGGCGCUGUUGUUGGAGCAUGACAAGGGCAAGGGCAGGCUGGCAAGUAGUCCGAUUGGUAGCAAGUAACAUUGGUCAUAGUAAAUCUUGGAAGAAAAGCAUGUGCCUCUUUGGAAUUUGUCGCUUGCGUGUCUAUGUAUGAAUUUGUGUGGAUGUGAGAGAUAUAGG